UAAGUGGAGCAGCCCGCGGAGACCCUGCUCGCGGAGGCUUCGCAGCGUGUGCCUGAAGCCUUCGCCAUUGCGCUGGACCGCGGGAGUGCGCGUGGAUGGGGUCCUGGCUUCUACCAUGGGAGCUGCUCCCGCGGGGCUGAGCUUGUCAGCAUCCUCGACUGACCCUUGCCCUUGAAGUCAGAGAAGAGCCCCUGCCCACCCACAUCCCUCCUGCCCCGUUUUGGGGUCGCCUCCGUCUGUUGGGUCCUCACCCUAGGGGCCACCCCGUCCGACAAAGAAGCAAGACAAUGAUACUAGCUUCGGUGCUGGGGAAUGGCCCCCGGGGUGGGCCUCCACUCCGGCCCCUCUUGGGGCCCGCACUCUUACUUCGGGCUGGCUCCACAUCAGCCACUGAUACACACCACGUGGAGAUGGCACGGGAGCGCUCCAAGACUGUGACUUCCUUUUACAACCAGUCAGCCAUCGACGUGGCGGCGGAGAAGCCCUCAGUCCGCCUCACUCCGACCAUGAUGCUCUAUUCAGGUCGCUCUCAGGAUGGCAGCCACCUUCUGAAAAGUGCCCGGUACUUGCAGCAAGAGUUGCCAGUGAGGAUCGCUCACCGCAUUAAGGGCUUCCGCAGCCUUCCUUUCAUCAUUGGCUGCAACCCUACCAUACUGCACGUGCACGAGCUAUACAUCCGUGCCUUCCAGAAGCUGACAGACUUCCCUCCGAUCAAGGACCAGGCGGACGACACCCGAUACUGCCAGCUGGUGCGACAGCUGUUGGACGACCACAAGGAUGUGGUGACCCUCUUAGCUGAGGGACUGCGUGAGAGCCGGAAGCACAUAGAGGAUGAAAAGCUUGUCCGCUACUUCUUGGACAAGACGUUGACUUCAAGGCUUGGGAUCCGCAUGUUGGCCACACAUCAUCUGGCACUGCAUGAGGACAAGCCUGACUUUGUUGGCAUCAUCUGCACUCGCCUCUCGCCGAAGAAGAUUAUUGAAAAGUGGGUGGACUUUGCCAGACGCCUGUGUGAGCACAAGUAUGGCAAUGCCCCCCGCGUCCGCAUCAAUGGACAUGUGGCUGCCCGUUUCCCCUUCAUUCCCAUGCCGCUGGACUACAUCCUGCCCGAGCUGCUCAAGAAUGCCAUGAGAGCCACGAUGGAAAGUCACCUAGACACUCCCUACAAUGUCCCAGAUGUGGUCAUCACCAUCGCCAACAAUGAUAUCGAUCUUGUCAUCAGGAUUUCAGACCGGGGCGGGGGAAUCACUCACAAAGACCUGGAUCGGGUUAUGGACUACCACUUCACUACAGCUGAGGCCAGCACCCAGGACCCCCGGAUCAGUCCCCUCUUUGGCCACCUGGACAUGCACAGUGGCGGCCAGUCAGGCCCCAUGCACGGCUUUGGCUUCGGGCUGCCCACAUCACGGGCCUACGCGGAGUACCUUGGUGGUUCCCUCCAGCUGCAGUCCCUGCAGGGCAUUGGCACAGAUGUCUACCUGCGGCUCCGUCAUAUCGAUGGCCGAGAGGAAAGCUUCCGCAUCUGACCCCACAGCCCUUGGCCUGCUCACCUGCCCAGCCUGGCCCACCCACCCUGCCCAGACCCUCUGGGGCAGGCAGGGUGCCACCCUCUCCACAUGCUGCUGCAUCUUGGGUCUUAGGGCCCCAAACAGAUGGACUCACAUGGAGCCGAGUGCCACCCCUCCUCGACAGGAUCCACUGCUUCCCUGCCUCCAGGCCUUGGAGGGGAGGAAGUGGGGAACCUUGAGGCUUCCAGCACUAGCUCUGUCAUUCUCACUCCUGGGGAACCCCCACUUUGACCUGCUGUUUGUUAUUAAAGUUAACAUUUUGAAUGCCC